AAAGCAAGUGGAAAAUUCCGAAAAGCAACAAUUACUUUUCCUUUUUUUCUUCUUUAUAGUGUCUGCCAUUGCAAGAAAGCAUAUAUUUUGGGAAAUUCUUAACAUGAGCUUGAGUGAAGGAAGAUAUGGAAUUAGAUGUUCACUUCUUUAAAAUGUUAGCUAAUCAAUACUCUCGCUUUAAAGAUAAUUAUUUUGACCCCACUCUUGUUAUUCUCAACCCUGAAUGCACACGUUAUAAAUCUCUGUGAAUCUGUUGCUUGGAAUAACACAAUCAAACUCUCCAUUACCUCUCUUAAGCUUUCAUUUUCACAUAAAAUUCUCGAAUCUUUGAUUUUCAUACCAAAUUCUCCAUUUCCCGCUCUCUGAUAUUUCAUUUUCAUACCAAAUUCUACAUUCUUACUCUUUUAGCUUUCAUUCCAAAUUCUCCGAUUGCUCUCUCAUAUUUCAUUUUCAUACCAAAUUCUCCAAUUCCGCUCCUCUCAUAUUUCGUUAAUUCUCAUUCCAAAUUCUCCAUUAGCGCUCUCUGAUAUUUCGUUUUCAUAUCAAAUUUUACAUUGUUGCUCAUUUAACUUUCAUUUCGACACCUUCCAGUAACUAAGAAAACCAGUCAAAAAGAGAGAAUUAGAAAGCAAAAAAGAAAAAUAAAAAAGAAAUAGCAGAGUUCAGACUUGAUAGUUGAAAAAAAGGCUUAUUACUAAACUAUACUAGCAAUGGAAUUGUUAUCUAUUUUUGUGGAAAAAGUCACAGAUUGCUUGAUGCAGCCAGUUGUGCGAGGGAUUGGGUAUUUGCUUUACUACAAGAGAAACAUCAGAUGUAUGGAUAAAGAAUCUGAGAAGCUGAAGAAUAUCAGAAGUGAGGUACAGCAGAGAGCGAAUGAUGCCCGGAGAAACUUAAAAGACAUUUCACCCAAUGGCAAGGCUUGGUUAACUAGUGUUGAUACCACUACUGUAGAUGUCACAGCUGUAAUGCAGCGAGGUAGAACUGAGGUUGAAAGAUAUGGUUGGUGUCCAAACUUGAAGUCACGUUACUCACUGAGCAGGAGAGCCAAGAAAAUUACACUGGAGUUGAUUGAACUUCAGACUGAAGGCACCAAUCCAAAUGCUUUCUCCUAUGAUCUUCCAGUACAAAGUGAGGUUACAUAUCGUAACACUGUUGAGAAGUUUGACUCCAGAAAAUUGAAAGAGGAUGAGGUCAUGGCAGCUUUGAAAGAUGACGGGGUCACUAUGAUUGGGGUAUGUGGUAUGGGUGGUGUUGGUAAGACAACACUUGCUGAAAAAAUCAGACAUAAGGCAAUACAAGAAAGGUUGUUCGAUGAUAUUGUCAUGGUAACUGUCAGUCAACAACCAAACUUGAAAGGAAUUCAGGGUGAGAUCGCAGGAGGACUCGGGCUGAAAUUAGAAGGGGAUAAUUUCUGGAGCCGUGGAGAUCAGCUGCAUACAAGGUUAAUGGAUCAGAACAGGCGCACCCUUGUCAUUUUGGAUGAUGUUUGGGAGGCUCUUCAUGAUCUAGAGAAACUUGGAAUUCCCAGCGGUAGCAACCAAAACCAUCGGUGCAAAGUGACAUUGACGACACGUAUCCGAGAUGUUUGUGAAGCAAUGGGAGCUCAGAAGAUCAUGGAAGUUGGAACUUUACCUGAAGAGGAAGCAUGGAUCCUUUUCAAGGAGAAAGUUGGUAAUUUAGCUGACGAUCCUUCUCUACUUGAUGUAGUAAAAGAUGUUGCCAAAGAAUGCAAGGGGUUGCCACUUGCAAUUAUUACAAUUGCAGGAGCGCUUAAGCAUAAAACCAAGCCUUCAUGGGAGGAUGCCCUUAAACAAUUACAUGAUGCAGAAACAAGAAAUAUCCCUGGAGUGCACACUAAGGUGUAUAAACAUCUGAGGCUAAGCUAUGAUUACUUGGAAAGUGAUGAAGCCAGGUAUCUUUUUUUGCUUUGUUCUUUGUUCAAGGAAGAUAGUAAUAUUUGGUCUGAAGAUUUGCUUACAUAUGGAAUGGGGCUUGGCAUCUUUUCGGAAAUUAAAAAUAUAGAAGGAGCAAGAAAUAGGGUGUGCCUUCUGUUAGAAACAUUGAAAGAUCGUUUCUUGUUAUCCGUAGGUUCAAGAGAAAUUUUUGUCAAAAUGCAUGAUGUGAUCCGUGAUGUGGCUAUAAGUAUUGCGUCUGAGGGAGAGCAUAACUUUAUGGUAAGUCACGAUGUUAACUCAGAAGAGUUCCCAAGAAGAAGUUCUUAUGAGCAUUUCAGUCACAUGUCAAUUAUUGCAAAUAAAUUUGAUGAGCUUCGUAGCCCAGUAGUUUGCCCAAAACUGAAGCUCCUAAUGUUACAGCUCUAUUCUGAAAAGCCAUUAAAAUUACAGGACAACUUUUUUGAUGGCAUGUGUAAACUCAGUGUCUUAAGCAUGAGGGGACACAGAGAUUACGAGUCCAUUCUGUCUUUUCCAGCAUCCAUUCGGAGGUUGUCAAGUCUGAGGACGUUGUGUCUGAAUUAUUUAAGGUUAGAUGACAUAUCCAUUAUUGGGGAACUUGUCACUUUAGAAAUUCUCAUCAUAAGUAAUUCUCAGUUAGAGGAGGUGCCAGUGGAGAUAGGAAAAUUGACCAAUCUAAUUAUGUUAAAGUUUUGGGAUGGGUAUAAAAUACGUAAAAGGAUUUCAGCAGGGGUGUUAUCAGGACUAGUUCGAUUGGAGGAACUACUUAUGGUGGGAGUAGAAUAUUGUAGUUACUCCACCUUGAGGGAACUGGAAUCCUUAUCAAGAUUGACUGCACUGACAUUGGGUGACUGUUCUGUUGAUGUGAUCUACAAUAACUUGGGCCUUUCCUCCAAGUUGACACAGUACACUCUUAUAGUGGGUAGAGAAGGUUCCAAAAGAACUUCUCAGUUCGACAAGAAAAUUUCUUUAGAGGUCACCAAGACUGCCCCAUUGGGUGAUUGGAUCUGCCACCUGUUGAAGGAGAGCGAAUUUGUAGAGUCAAUCGGAAAGGGCUCUAAUAAUGUGUUGACUGAGUUACAGCUGAAUGGAUUUCAGAAUGUGAAACGUCUCAUCCUCUCUAAUUGUGAUUUAACAUAUUUAUUGAACAUCUCACACAAAGUAAUCAAGUUCCCCAAUUUAUAUCAGUUGGAUCUUCAAUCUCUGGAAUGCCUCACUCACUUCUGCAGUGAAAACGUUGAGGGCAUUGAGUUCCCUCAGUUAUGGAGAAUGAGAUUCUAUGAGUUACCUGAGUUCCAAAAUUUGUGGCCUACAGCCAACAAAUCCAUCACUCACUCAAAUCCUCUUUUUCAUGAAAAGGUUUCUUGUCCCAACCUGAAAGAUCUUACCAUCUGGAAACUUGAAAGCAUAAGUGCUCUAUGCUCUCACCAACUUCCAACUGACUACUUCAACAAACUUGAAACAUUGACUAUAUAUAGUUGUGGAAAAUUGAGAAACUUGAUGUCUCCAUCAGUGGCCAAAGGUCUUUUGAAUCUCCAACUGUUAUGUAUAGAACACUGUCAAUCAAUGGAAGAAGUGAUCACAGAAGGAGAAGGAGAAGGAAUCAUCACCUUAUUUCCCCUCUUGUUAGAACUGGAGCUUCGCAGGCUGCCUAAGUUGGGGCAUUUCUUUCUGACGAACAAUGCUCUUAAAUUUCCAGUUCUUAGACAUGUGACUAUCCGAGGCUGCCUUGAAAUGAAGACGUUUGUUCAACAGGGAAUAUAUGUGAGUACACCUUUUCUUAUAAGGGUGAAUCGUGCUAGGAUGAAAGAAGAUGAUCUGAAUAAAUGGGUACAACAGAGGUUCAAUUCUAAGGAACAAAAGGCUACUGAUGGCAACAUCGCUGAAUCUGGUCAUGGAAAGAGUUAGGGAAGUAGUAACAACUCAAACGAAAUAAUGCAAGUAGGACAGCACACAAUGGAGAAAUCAACGACUGCUAGAAAUCCAGGCUUCUCUCUUUUCUCUUUUACACUCGAUCCUUUUUCUUUAAAAGAAGGGAUGGCGAGGAACUCAUCUUCAAAUUUGACAACCUAUCACAUUGCGGGUGAAAUUAGAUGCAAUAAGAAAGAACCCAUUGAAGAGUACAAUCCAUUUGCAAAUUGAAUUGAGUUUACCUUUUCCGAUAUAGAUAGAUAGAGAAGGUGGUUGUCUGCCUGAGAUUUCAGUUUCUAUCCUCUGCUGAGUGAUGGAAGUUUGAGAACUUGUAAUUUUACUUUGCUUCGAGUUUUUAAAGUUGAGAUGAAAGGAUGUCAAGGCUUUUUGGUUGGCAAAAUUAUUCAGUACUUAUGAAAAGAUUGAAGACUAGUUUUCUUGGAAUCUGAUCUCUCUUCCAUUGAUUAAGGAUUCAAAUUCGGUAUCAUUAUUGUGCAGUGAAAUUCUAUACAUAGAUAUACUCUUUGAAGAACAUCAACAAGUUUGAUAGCUGCUACUCAACCCCAAAUUGUAUCCCUUCCAUUCUAUUUCAUGCAUCAACUAGUAUUUUUUUGUUUAGCCUA